AUGAGGUCAGAAGCCUUGCUGCUAUAUUUCACACUGCUACACUUUGCUGGGGCUGGUUUCCCAGAAGAUUCUGAGCCAAUCAGUAUUUCGCAUGGCAACUAUACAAAACAGUAUCCGGUGUUUGUGGGCCACAAGCCAGGACGGAACACCACACAGAGGCAUAGACUGGACAUCCAGAUGAUUCUGAUCAUGAAUAGAACCCUCUACAUUGCUGCUAGGGACCAUAUUUAUACUCUUGAUAUAGACACUUCACAUGCAGAAGAAAUUUACUGUAGCAAAAAACUGACAUGGAAAUCUAGACAGGCUGAUGUAGACACAUGCAGAAUGAAGGGAAAACAUAAGGAUGAGUGUCACAACUUUAUUAAAGUUCUUCUAAAGAAAAGUGAUGACACGUUGUUUGUCUGUGGAACUAAUGCCUUCAACCCUUCCUGCAGAAACUAUAAGAUGGAUACUUUGGAGCCUUUUGGGGAUGAGUUUAGUGGGAUGGCCAGAUGCCCUUAUGAUGCCAAACACGCCAACGUUGCACUGUUUGCAGAUGGAAAGUUGUAUUCAGCCACAGUGACGGACUUCCUCGCCAUUGAUGCUGUCAUUUACCGGAGUCUCGGAGACAGCCCAACCCUGAGAACUGUCAAGCACGAUUCAAAAUGGUUGAAAGAGCCAUAUUUCGUCCAAGCAGUGGAUUAUGGAGACUACAUCUACUUCUUCUUCAGGGAGAUAGCUGUGGAGUACAACACCAUGGGGAAGGUCGUUUUCCCGAGAGUGGCUCAGGUUUGCAAGAACGACAUGGGAGGGUCACAGAGAGUGCUGGAAAAACAAUGGACAUCUUUUCUAAAGGCACGUCUGAACUGCUCUGUUCCUGGAGACUCUCAUUUUUAUUUCAACAUACUCCAGGCAGUUACAGAUGUGAUCCGCAUCAAUGGCCGUGACGUUGUCCUGGCAACAUUUUCCACACCUUAUAACAGCAUUCCUGGGUCUGCAGUCUGUGCCUAUGACAUGAUCGACAUUGCCAAUGUGUUUACUGGGAGAUUCAAGGAGCAGAAGUCUCCAGAUUCUACAUGGACACCAGUUCCUGAUGAACGCGUGCCUAAGCCCAGGCCAGGAUGCUGCGCUGGCUCAUCCUCCUUAGAAAAAUAUGCAUCCUCCAAUGAGUUUCCUGAUGACACCCUCAACUUCAUUAAGACACACCCACUCAUGGAUGAAGCCGUGCCUUCCAUUAUCAACAGGCCGUGGUUCCUGAGAACAAUGGUCAGAUACCGCUUGACCAAAAUUGCAGUGGACACUGCUGCGGGGCCCUAUCAGAAUCACACUGUGGUUUUCCUGGGAUCAGAGAAGGGAAUCAUCUUGAAGUUCCUGGCCAGGAUAGGAAAUAGUGGUUUCCUAAAUGACAGCCUUUUCCUGGAGGAGAUGAGCGUUUAUAACCCUGAAAAGUGCAGCUAUGAUGGAGUAGAAGACAAGAGGAUUAUGGGUAUGCAGCUGGACAAAGCAAGCAGCUCCCUGUACGUUGCAUUCUCGACCUGUGUGAUCAAAGUUCCCCUUGGCCGGUGUGAGCGUCAUGGGAAGUGUAAAAAAACCUGCAUCGCUUCCAGAGACCCUUAUUGUGGGUGGGUAAAGGAAGGAGGUUCUUGUGCCCAUCUGUCACCCAAUAGCAGGCUGAGUUUUGAACAGGACAUAGAACGUGGCAAUACAGAUGGUCUAGGAGACUGUCAUAAUUCCUUUGUGGCACUGAAUGGGCACUCCAGUUCCCUCUUGCCCAGCACCACUACGUCAGACUCCAUGGCUCAAGAGGGGUAUAAGUCUGAGGGAGGAAAGCUGGACUCGAAGGACUGGCUCCAUUCAUUUGACAGCACAGACCCAUCGGGGGCAGUGUCUUCCCAUAAUCACCAAGACAAGAAGGGAGUCAUUCGGGAGAGUUACCUCAAAGGCCACGACCAGCUGGUGCCCAUCAGCCUCUUGGCCAUCGCGGUGAUCCUGGCUUUUGUCAUGGGGGCCGUGUUCUCGGGCAUCAUCGUCUACUGCAUCUGUGACCACCGGCGCAAGGACGGGAGCGAGGUGGCGCGCAAGGACAAGGAGCUCACGCACUCGCGCCGCGGCUCCAUGAGCAGUGUGACCAAGCCCGAGGCCAUCCUCACGCCGCUCAUGCCCAACGGCAAGCUCCCCACGCCCAGCAACACGGCCAAGAUGCUCAUCAAGGCCGAGCAGCACCACUUGGACCUGGUCGCGCUGCCCACCCCGGAGUCCACCCCGACACUGCAGCAGAAGCGGAAGCCCAGCCGAGGCAGCCGCGAGUGGGAGCGGAACCAGAACCUCAUCAACGCCUGCACCAAGGACAUGCCCCCCAUGGCCUCCCCCGUGAUCCCCACCGACCUGCCCCUGCGGGCGUCCCCCAGCCACAUCCCCAGCGUGGUGGUGCUGCCCAUCACGCAGCAGGGCUACCAGCACGAGUACGUGGACCAGCCCAAAAUGAGUGAGGUGGCCCAGAUGGCGCUGGACGACCAGGCUGCCACGCUGGAGUAUAAGACCAUCAAGGAGCAUCUCAGCAGCAAGAGCCCCAACCAUGGGGUGAACCUCGUGGAGAACCUGGACAGCCUGCCCCCCAAAGUCCCUCAGCGGGAGGCCUCCCUGGGCCCCCCGGGAGCCUCCCUGUCUCAGAGUGGCCUGAGCAAGCGGCUGGAAAUGCACCACUCCUCCUCCUACGGCCUUGACUAUAAGAGGAGCUACCCCACGAACUCGCUCACGAGGGGCCACCAGGCCACCACUCUGAAAAGAAACAAUACUAACUCCUCCAAUUCCUCCCACCUCUCCAGAAACCAGAGCUUCGGCCGGGGAGACAACCCGCCGCCCGCGCCGCAGCGGGUGGACUCCAUCCAGGUGCACGGCGCGCCGCCCGCGGGCCCCGCCGUGACUGUGUCGAGGCAGCCGAGCCUCAACGCCUACAGCUCGCUCACGCGGCCAGGCCUCAAGCGCACGCCCUCGCUAAAGCCGGACGUCCCUCCCAAACCCUCCUUCGCGCCCCUUUCCACGUCCAUGAAGCCCAAUGACGCGUGUACAUAA